ACACGGCUCACCUCAGACACACACUGCUCAGCUCACCUCAUCUCAUCUCAUCACAUCAGUAGCCAUGAGUUCACGGAGAAAGCGUUUCAACGCCGCCAACAGCAGCAGGGGCAGUGCUAGCCCCCAGGGCUUCAGCAGCCGCUCCCUGGGCACCUAUGGGCCCCUGGGGAGCUUCAGCGGGGGGUCGCUGGGCACGGCGAGCACAGCGUACCCGGUGCGGGGCUCCUACGCGGGGAGGCCCAUCACGGCCGUGACGGUCAACCAGAGCCUGCUGACCCCGCUGAAGCUGGACAUUGACCCCAACAUACAGGCCGUACGCGAGAAGGAGAAGGACCAGAUCAAGACCCUCAAUAACAAGUUCGCCUCCGUUAUUGAUAAGGUGCGCCACUUGGAGCAGCAGAACAAGAUGCUGGAGGCCAAGUGGGAGGUGAUGAAUAGUGGCGGCUCCAAGCCCAAGUCCCGCUGCGAGCCCCUGCUGAAGAACUACAUCCAGAGCCUGGAGGCCCACCUGCAGCAGCUGGCCGUGGACCGCCAGAACCUCCAGCAGCAGCUCAAGAGGGUGAGCGGAGACGUGGAGGACCACCGGCAGAAGUAUGAGGACGAGAUCAACAAGAGGACGGGGGCAGAGAACGAGUUUGUUCUGUUGAAAAAGGAUGUGGACAAUGGCUAUCUUCUGCAAACUGAGCUGGAGGACAAAUUGGCCAGCCUCAUACAGGACAUCAACCUCUUCAAAACCCUUUAUGAUGAGGAGGUGCAGGAGCUGCAGGCGGAGAUGAAGGAUGUGUCGGUGAUCGUGCAGAUGGACAACUCCAGAGACCUGGACAUGAAGCAGCUGGUGGAGGACGUGAGGGCCCAGUACGAGGCCAUGGCACACAAGAGCCGCCAGGAGGCAGAGGCCUGGUACAAAACCAAGUAUGAGAUGAUGUCAUCCCAAGCCGACAUGUCAUCAGAGGAGCUCCGCACUAGCAAGCAGCAGAUUGCCGACCUGAAACGCCACAUCAGCCGUCUGCAGAACGACAUCAGUUCAGUCAAGUCACAGUGUGGCUCCCUGAACUCCCAGAUCGCUGAUGCGGAGGCCCAGGGGGAGGCGGCCCUGGAGGAUGCCAAGGCCAAGCUGCGGGACCUGGAGGCCGCUCUGCAGAAGGCCAAGCAGGACAUGGCCAAGCAGGUGCGGGACUACCAGGACCUCAUGAACACCAAGCUGGCCCUGGACAUCGAGAUCGCCACCUACCACCACCUGCUGGAGGGAGAGGAGAACAGAAUCGAGCAGGAUGCUGUGGUUAGGAUCCAAAACAACUCCCACAGGCCUCGAACCCGCAAGCUGUCCGCCUCUAAAGUGCUCAUCAAGGUCACUGAGACCCACGAAGACUUCACAGACACAAACAAUUGACCUAAUACUGUAGUGAGUGAGUGAGUGAGUGAAUGAGUGAGACUUGGAGAUGCAUUUCCUAAAUUUAACUUUAAAUGACUUCUUUUUCCUGUUUUACGUUUAAAUUACUUAACAUUUUUAAUGUAUGACUCGCAAUGGAGCUCUUGACCUUUACUAGGUGUGUGUGUGUGUGUGUGUGUGUGUGUGUGUGUGUGUGUGUGUGUGUGUGUGUGUGUGUGUGUGUGUGUGUGUGUGUGUGUGUGUGUGUGUGUGUGUGUGUGUGUGUGUGUGUGUGCACGCGUACAUGUGCUUGUGUGCAGAGUUUUUUCUUUGAAAGUUCCUUGGUUGUGCACAAUAAAAAGUGCCCUGACCCAUUUGUCCCCAGUUCU